UAUAUGAUUACAAUAUAUUUUUGACACAUUAUCAAAUGCAGGUGCUUUGUCCGGGGUCAACAAUCUGAUGCAAGGUGUCACCACUGGCAAGAGUUUCCAAGAUGAGCCAGAGUCUACACCACUGUUGGGCACCACAGAGGCCAGAGAUACUAGAGAGAAUAGUCCACAGAGAGAACAGAGCCCUCAGCAGCCUCCAACAACCUCUAGCUCCAGUGCUGCCUGCAAGUCAACGUCCAGCAUGACCAUACCUGUGUCCAGCCCCUCAAGCCAAUCACAGUUUGACGAUGCCACCCAGGUGCCACGCCCACAGAUUGUCAUUGACCGCUACGCCUCGCGAGAUGACAUGGGCGGGAAUGUGGCCGUUGAGUCGAGACUAGAUGACCUGUCAAGGCAGUUAACCAGGCUAGAGGGAAAGAUGGCAGCGGACAUUUCCAUGAUUCUAGACAUACUGAGGAGCCAGAGUGCUUCAGGGAUUAUCUCUGCUCCCCCUGGUUACCCAGAAUAUAUUACAGACAGUUCCAACACAGGUCAAGGUUCUGACCUCCAUGCCUCUCAAGGUCACCCGGGAUAUCUUACAGACAGUUCCAAAAGUACAGAACAGUCCCAGAAAUCUGGUGCUGGUGAUAUUAAAAGUGCAACUGACUUAGAUUAUACUGUAGAUCAAGGACACUCAAGGAUGCAAACGCACGGAGGUCAAGGUCAUGCAUCUCAAGGUCAUAUAAGUUCUUUGUCUUCAGAUGAGCAUUUAGAUAGUGAUAGUCAUUCAAAUGUUCAAGGUCAAGGUCAGGAUCUACUAGAUAACAGUGCAAUACAAGGGACCAGUGCUCUUAGUGCCGGAAGUUUAGAAAAGAAGCAGACAGGAAGCUCUGACGAAAGCAAAACACCGAUCGAUUUACUGGCAGGUGUUUCAGAGGUAGCAGCACCCCAACCUUACCAGCAUGUGACAGGUUCUUCACCAACAUCUCCAUCAGAUUCACAAUCAGUCAUCAGUUCAGACAUUCCAACCCCUUUAGGUCAGGAGGACAGUCUAGAGGAAGACAGGGAUGGUACUUUUAAACCCAGGAGACAGAAAUCGACAUAAGGAUUUGUGUGUGGUGUGGAAAUGGCUCCACUGCUUCCAAGAUUGUAAGGUAUAUCCGAGGACACAGAGCUCACUUUGGCUAUGGUGUUUAUGUGCCUAUUGGGAGUUGAAGAGCCAGUGGUUUUUACAGGGAUUGUCAUCCAACAUAUUUGAGGCACCAUCAGGAUGGACUUUUAGGGAUGACUGGACCCAGCUUAGUUUGAUUAGCCAUUGACAUUGAGAGGGUGCCCCCAAGGACUGAAAUACAUUCAAGGAGGGGUGAUGGCUGAUUCGGCCUGUGUAUGUUGAAAAGAAGACUGGCAGCUUGCUUGUGCCUGACUGUCACUAAAUUAUAUAAGAGCGAGUUCUGAUUUGAGGAAAUGACAUGGCAAGGAGAACAUGGAACUUGUUCAGGAUGUACAAGAAUUAUGUCUGAAUUUUUUUUAAAGGAGGAUGAUUGGAAAUUUCUAGAAAGGUGAUCUUGUUAUUAAAUUUAGAGACAAAAUGAAUGAAGGAGACAGUGUAGAAGCUGUGUAGACCUUGUUUGGAAUGUUUCAGAAGGCAGCCAGAUUGUUUUUGAAGGGCAAUUUUUGGAACGUAAAUGGGAAGCAGGUUUGAUUGAUUUGUAUGGUUCUCAAAUGACUGUCAUCCUUGAACAACCAUUGACUGGAAUUGAAGAAUGGAAGUGCAUUUUAGUCAGCUAAGUCUUAGUAGGCUAAAUUGUUUCCCCCAAGAAAACAAACUUUUUGCUAAAGAAGCUCCUGAAGGGAAGAUUGAGAAACAAUGCCACAUUUUAAGAAAUUAAAGGAAGCGAGUGUGAUUUUAGGGGACUGCAGAUAAUAUGCAAGUGCUUGUUAUGAUCCGCUGCAAAAAAUUGAUAAAUGAAUGCAGUUGGACCUUUUGAUAAUCGGAUUUUAUGUGAUAGACUUACUGUGCUAUGUGUAUUUUGUACCACGUCAGAGGAAAUUAUGGAAGAUACAUACCCCAAGGCAAAGAUAAUUGAUCAGACCAGCACUCCCCAAAAUGAUUAUCUUUAGAAGUACCUGAUGGAAAAAUUCAGAACGAUCUUGAGGAUCAUCUUGGUUACAUGUCAGAUGGAACAAGUUUGUGAGGAACUUUGAAGUGACAAAUCUUCAGAAAGCAUGGGCGUAACUAGGCAUACGCACGAAUGCACUGUGC